AUGUCAACAAAUUACGUGGCAACUUGCAAAAAGCCCACGGUAGUGACACAUUCGUUUGCUGGAAAUUUUACAGGCGAAGAAGAUUUAAAUUUAAUUCUCGCUAAGGUCACGAGAAUUGAAAUUAAUUUGAUUGCGGCUGAUGGUCUGCGGUUUGUUCAAGAGAUUCCAAUUUAUGGACGAAUUCUCGAUUUGGCAAUUCUUCGUGUCAAAGGCGAGAAAUGCGACUCGAUAGUAAUCAUCACAGAUAAACUUCACAUGGCCGUUCUAUCGUGGCGCGAUGGAGAAGUGGUUACACGAGCCCAUGGAUGUCUUAGCGAUAAAGUGGGACGUAUUUCGGAGACUGGAAUCAAAUGCAUUGUUCACUCAAAAACUGGACUACUUGCCUUCAGAAUCUACGAUGGCUUAUUAAAGAUUGUAGAAUGGGACGACAAAAAGGAAUUGAAGGCCUUUAAUGUUCGUUUUGAAGACUUGAUGAUAGUUGAUCUUGUUUUUCUUCACACUUCUGACGAAUCGAUCCGGCUUGGUUAUAUCUAUCACGAUCAUAUUGGGCGUCAUCUAAAAACCGUCGAAUUAAAUAUGGAUGAGAAAGAGUUUCGAACGAUUUCUUCCCAAAUGAGCAUUGAGGCAGAGGCUACCAAGGUUGUUCCGAUUCCACAGCCUUAUGGAGGAGUUGCCGUUGUGGGCCACGAGACCGUUCUCUAUAACAAUUUUGGCAGUUCUCAACCUCUGGUUAUUUCACCACCGGUUUUUCACAACGCUUUCAUCUCAUGCGUUGCACCAAUAGACUCUGAUGGUCAACGGUUUUUAAUGGGCGGGAAGCAAGGAGAAUUAAUGAUAUUGGUCUUCGAUGUUGACGCUUCACAGAAAAUAAUUACGGACAUCAAGGUUGAAGUGCUUGGGCGUUGCUCAUUUGCUGAAUGUUUGUGCUACAUCGAUAAUGGGGUUGUUUACGUUGGUUCGAGAUUUGGAGACUCACAAUUAAUACGACUUAAUCAAGAACCAAAUUCAUCCGGAUCGUUCGUUUCAAUUUUGGAUACUUUUGCAAAUGUUGGGCCAAUUCGUGACAUGGUUUUAUUGGAGCAGGAAAACGGACAAACUCAAUUACUCACCUGCUCAGGAGCAUUUAAGGAUGGAUCUCUUAGAAUCAUCCGGAAUGGAAUUGGUAUCGAAGAAAAAGCGUCUGUUGACUUUCACGGAGUCAAAUCAAUUUUUUCGUUGUCAACAAAGUCCGGGGCAUUAGAUGAUCAUUUGAUUGUUUCUGGAAUUGAUGGUACACAUGUGCUAAGAAUUGAAGGCGAGGAGUUGGAAGAGCCCGAGGAUGGAUUUGGGCUUGAAACAAAUGAGCGGACAUUAUAUGCGAGCAGUAUGGUUGACAAUUGUAUUUUGCAAAUUACCCCAUCUGGUGUUCAUUUGAUACGCCCAGAAGCCGAAACAUUGCGUUGGCAUUCAGAUCAUGGGGAAAUCAGUGUAUGUGCGGUCAACUCACGCAUGGGAAAGGUUCUUGUUGCUUCGGGACGUCAUUUGCACUAUUUAUCAGUCUCAACCUCGGGGAUCGAUCCAAUCAAUGAAACACAGCUUGAAUAUGAAGCAGCCUGCUUAGAUAUUUCCAGCCUCGAUGAUUCUGGUGAUUCAAAACUCGUCGCAAUUGGUUUAUGGACAUCGAAUGCUCGACGAGUACUUCCACGCUCAUGCUUCUUGGGUCGCUUCGAUAAUACCACCUAUAUGCUGGUAGCGCUUGGUGAUGGAACACUAUUUUACUUCCAAGUGACACACGAAGGCGAACUCGUUGAGGGCAAGAAAGCCUCACUUGGAACAGUUCCCUUAACAUUGAAACCUUUUGUUUCAAAUCGACGCAAUCAUGUUUUUGUGUGCUCGGAUAGACCGGCAAUAAUCUACUCUAGUAACAAUAAACUUAUUUUUUCAAAUGUGAAUGUUCGGGUCGUAAACCAAAUGUGCCCCCUCAACUCAGAAGCGUACAGCGAUUGCAUGGUAAUGUGUGAUAACGAGACAAUGGUAAUUGGAAGAGUCGACGAUAUUGAAAAACUGCACAUAAGAACGGUUCCUCUUGGCGAAAGUCCUGCACGCUUGGCGUAUAUGGCUUCUUCACAACGAAUAGCCGUGUUAGUUUCCAGAGAAAUGAACGCCGGAUCGAUGUCAGUUACAAGUUCGGCACAAAGAUCUUCAAAUUCAAAACUUAUUCAUGCCGGGGUUGCUUCAAGUAGUGAUAAUGCCCCUGAGGUUCAUUCGAUUGUGGUCCUUGAUGCGAACACAUUUGAAGUUUUACAUGCCCAUCAAUUAGGUCCUCACGAAGAAGCCCUUUCCAUCUUAGUGACCCGACUCGGAAAUGAGCCAAAUGACUAUCUGAUCGUUGGAACAGCUUUCGUGAAUCUUGAUGAAACUGAAAGCAAAUUGGGUCGAAUCCUCGUGUUUUCUUGUGCUGAUGGUGAUGACCGAGCUUCGAUGCGACUCGUUCAUGAAAAGGAAGUUAGAGGAGCUGUUUAUUCACUUGCACCACUUCAUGGAAAAUUACUGGCCUCAAUAAAUAGUUCGGUCCGACUUUUUGAAUGGAAAGAUGACAAGGAGCUGCGACUUGAAUGCUCACAUUUUCAAUAUAUUCAAGCCAUGUAUAUUAAAUCAAAGGGGGAUAUUGUGUUAGUUGGUGAUCUCAUGCGCUCAAUGGGGCUCCUUUCAUAUAAAUCAGUUGAAUCUUCGUUCGAAGAGGUCGCAAAACCCGAUGCGCAAACUCAUUGGAUGACGGCAAUUGAGAUCUUUGAUGCGGAUACAUGUCUUGGUGCUGAUAGCAAUUUCAAUAUAUUUACAUCAGAACGAGAACGGAAUGCACAAAAUGCAGAAGAUCGACAGCGUCUUGUGGAAUCGGGAGUUUUUUAUCUGGGAGAUGCUGUAAACGUGUUCCGCAAUGGUUCGUUAAUCACUCGACACGUCGACGGAGGGGUUGUUCCUCGACAUUCGAUUCUCUUUGGAACAAUUGAUGGUUCUAUUGGAGCAGUGCUGAGUUUAGAGCCUGAGAUUUACAGAUUUGCUCUUGAUGUAGAACAAGCGGUUGCCAACAGUCACGAAAAUGUACUGAGAAUAUCACUCGAAGCAUACCGUUCAUACAAAGGAGAUAAAUCAUCCAAUAAGAGUUUCGGUUUUGUUGAUGGUGAUCUGGUGGAGUCUCUUCUUGAUCUGCCAAGAGAACGGGCUAGAAAAAUUGUAGAAGAUAUUCGUUUGCCGAAUCAAGAAGAAAAGCUCGAAAAUAAUGCUGAAAAUGUGCUCAAACUCAUCGAAGAUCUAAGCCGAAUCCAU